ACUUGUAAACACGGGGAGAUCUUCUGGUUCUUCUGCAGUUUAUCGGUCGCACUGACUGUUUCGGUCCGGGUUCGUGACCACGUGUUCUGGCUGAAAUCCACCGCUUCAGGAGGGAAGAGUUCACUUCCUGGUCAGAGAUCCUCUAUUAACCCUUUGAGAGAUGCCACCAAAGAAAAAGGCCAGAGUGGCUACAAGAUCGGCAAAGUCAGAGAAAGCAGACGAAAGUGAAACAGCCCCAUCUGGUGGGAAGAGGAAGGUGGCAAAGGAGAAAUCGGAGUCACCUGAAGCUCCAGAGUUCUCUUGCUGGCUGAUGAAGUCUGAGCCCGACAGCCGCUUUGAAAACGGCAUCGAUGUGAAGUUUGGGAUCGAGGAUCUGAAGGAUCUGCCCGAUCAGACCGGCUGCUGGGAUGGGGUCCGCAAUUACCAGGCACGCAAUUUUAUGAGGCAGAUGAAAGAGGGACAGUCGGCCUUCUUUUACCACAGCAACUGUAAGGAACCAGGGAUCGCAGGAAUCAUGAAAAUUGUGAAGGAAGCUUAUGUGGACCACACUCAGUUUGACAGGAAAGAUGUCCACUACGAUGCAGGCAGCAAACCAGACAACCCAAAGUGGAGCAUGGUCGACGUCCAGUAUCAAAGAAUGCUGAAGCGUUAUCUUCCUCUGUCUGAGCUGAAAAAAUACCACCUGCAGCAACGCGCCAAGGGAGGGCCUCUGAAGGACAUGGCUCUCUUUACAAGGGCCAGGCUCUCUGUGCAGCCCCUCACCGCUGAGGAGUUUGACUUUAUCCUGAGUUUGGAGGACGAGGAGCCUCUGUGAAACUGGAGCCUGGUUGACCAUCAGUCCAGUCUUUAUUCAAAGAUAAUCGGUGUAAAAUACUUUUAUUUGUGUUUUUUGUGUGUGUUUAUGUUCACAAGUAUUAUUAAAAGUGUUUUUUGUCUAA